AUGCACUUUUGUGUUAUUCUGUAUUUUUCAUGUCACGUUGUGCUGAUGUAUUUCUCUGGUUCGCAUCCACUUAUAAUUUUAUAUUUCAAACCCCGUAUGAAAAUUCAUUCGAUCACACACACAGCGAGUACAUCGACAAAAGAGCACAAGACGUGCUCUUCUCGUAAACUGCACUACAAAAAAACAGAUCAGGAUCCUCUUGCGAACCAGCGAGAAUACAUGUGUGCGCUGAACGCAGUGAAAAUUGAAAGAUUGUUGGCCAAGCCAUUUGUCAGGAAUGUGGAGUGUUUUGGUGAUGGAGUCACCCGUGUGAGUGUGUGGGAUCAUUUAAUUGCAUCUUGCACGUACACGGACGAGAUCGUGGUCAGAAGCGGAAGUGAUGUUAUAAUGACCGGGCAUGUUGAUGGGCUUAAAGACAUAGCAGCUGCAAGGAAUGGGGUGUUUAUAGCCUGUAGCAACCGUUUGCUGUUCUAUAACAACAAUAUUUUCUUCACAAAUGAGAGUGGUAGGGAAAAAAGUUGCGAAGAAGAAAUGGUUGAAGACAGCAGGAUGAAAAAUAGUUACGUAAAAACGGCACAUGAAACGAUGACUGGUCCAAAUAUGGAAAAUAUGUUCUGCGUUAAGGCCAAAGGGAACGCCGGAAAUAUCCCUGCUACCAAGUUUUGGACAUUUUCUGAAAAUUUGAAUUGCAUCUUUGCUGGUAAAGACACACUCGUGUGUUCCGGUGAUGGCUUCAUCAAAACGAUCAAUUCAUACGGAAAGGUUGCAGCAACCAUGAAAUGUAACGAUAGUUACAGAGGAGUUAAGCAGAACAAUGAAAUUUUCUUCUGUCGUUCGCAGCGCAAUCUAGAUUUAAUUGAUGAGAAGAGCCAGAGUGUCAUAAUUUCCGAAAGAUUCGGUUUCAAAACUAACGAUAUUGCGUUCAAAGACAACGUCUACUUCGUUACUGCCAACGAAGACAGCUUCGUGUAUUUGCACGAUGUUCGUAGACUGAACGUUCCUGUUGCAAAGUUCGUAGGACAUGUCAAUUCUGUAACAAGCAUUGACUUUGUUGACAACGAAAUUGUUACAGGAAGCAUCGAUAAGACAGUGAGAAUAUUUAACUCUUAUGAUAGAUUGGCACGAGAUGUGUACCAUAGCAAGCGAAUGCUUGCGGUUAACGCUGUUUCCGUAUAUAAAAAACGCUUUAUUCUGAGCGGAAGCGAAGAUGGAAAUGUCAGACUGUGGCGGUUGCAUGCAUCCGAAAAAGAGAAUAUGAGCAGAAGAGAAAAAAAUGCGCUGGAAUGCAAUCGAAUGCUAAAGGAGAAGUAUUACCAUGUGGGUGAUGUCAGAAGGAUCGAUAGGCACCGUUUCCUACCCAAAGAACUAAAAGGUAGAAUAAGAAACGAGACAGAGCAUCACAAAGCGGUAGAAAGAAAGCGAAACCGUGUAAUGGAAAAGAAACCGGAAUAAAUAUUUUAUGUUGAGUGCUUGAACAUUUGUUUCUGGCAGAGAAGCUGAA